CACAAGCGCAUUGCCAUGUGAUAAAAUACAUCCCCCUUCUCCUCUGCCGCCAUUCAUGAAAUUCUUCUCUCUUCAUUCGGGUUUACAAUGAAUGAGACGCUUCAAAAAAGAAAAUUGGUAGAAGAAUUGAGGAAAGCGAGCCAAGCGAUAGAAGGAAAGAACCCGUCGACAUACCCUCUCUCAUUCCGGCCCAUCCAGGAUGGUAGAUACUCCUUGGGCGUAGAUGAGGAUGACAAGCAAUGUCUGAAUGUCCUCUUCCUCGGCUUGGCCGGAUCAGGGAAGUCGAUGUUGGAGGAGGCGAUGGCAAAUUACGGGCUGGGAGUGGAUUUUUUGGAUCCGUAUCGAUUUCAGGUGAAAGUGGACGAACCCACGGAGAAGAUCACUUCACAUACCUUUUUCACCAGAGACAAGAAAAGGUUCCCUCGUCCUGUCACCUUCAUCGAUACACCUGGCUUGCAAAGAGGGACGGUCGCGCAGGACUGCAAGUUGAUGGAAGACAUUCGUGUUUACAUCCGAUCCAAACACGCGCUCGGGAUCCAUGCCAUCAUUUAUGCUGUCCAAAACUCUCAGGCGAGACUAAGGACAGAGCAAAGACAUGUAUUGGGAAAUAUGGCCAAUAUAUUCGAAGACCAGAAGAGUAUUCAGGAUAUCUCCUAUUUGUUUUGCACAUUCGCGGACAGCAAAAAACACCCCGCCUUAGAAACUGUGAAUGAGGCGGGACUGAAAUACAAGAAGCAUUUCGCCGUGAACAGCUCCUCCUACUUCGUCAAGGACGAUGAAAAUGGCCAAUCCAGUGACGACGACGAGAACGAACGGAGAGGGGGAAAAUUGGAGUCCAUCAACAAACUCCUGUUCGACAUGACGACGAAGAGCUAUCAGGAAUUCUUCGACGCCAUCCAGGAAAACCUGCCCAUUCCAGUCCGCCACGAUCCCCGCCCCGGUCCGAGCCGCUAUCCCCGCCUUGAUCCCCGGGCCGAUCACAGCCCCAGAAGGGAAUAUCCUCACCAGGGUACUAAUGUGGUGAUACCAAACACGGGAAGGCAAGAUGAGGGAUUUCCUUUCGCGCCUGUCCCAGCGCUGCAACAGCAAAAGAUGAGGGAUCCUAAGAACGAGACAUUUGAAGGGAAAAUUGAGGAUUUGAGAAAAGAAAGCAAAGUAAUAGAAGGAGAGGACCCGCCGGCCUACCUUCUCCCAUUCCAGCCCAUUCCGACUGCAGGUGGUAGAUUCCGUUUGGGAGGAGAUGAGGAUGAUAAACAAUGCCUGAACGUCCUCCUACUUGGCUUGACUGGAUCAGGGAAAUCGACGCUGUUGGAGGCAAUGGGGAAUUAUAUUCUGGGAGUGGAAUUCUGGAAUCCCUAUCGAUUCCGCGUGAAGAAGGACUACGGACCCACUGAGAUGAUCACCUCCCACACCUUCACCAGGGACAAAAGAAGGUUCCCUCGUCCUGUCACCCUCAUAGACACGCCUGGCUUCCAAAAGGGUACGCUCGGGGAGGACUGGAAGUUGAUGGAAGACAUCCAUGGAUUCAUCGGAUCCAAACACGCGCUCGGCAUCCACGCCAUCAUUUAUGUCGUGCAAGCCUCCCAGGGGAGAUUGACGACAGAGCAAAGAACGGUAUAUGGGUAUAUGGCCAAAGUCUUCGAAGAGCACGAGAGAGUCCCGGAGAUCUCUUAUUUGUUUUGCACAUUUGCGGACGGCAGAAAGCUCCCCGUCAUAGAAUCCGUGAAAGAGGCUGGACUGAAGUACAAGAAGGAUUUCCCGGUGAACAGUUCCUCCUACUUCGCCAAGGAGGAAGAAAACGGAUCUUCCAGUGACGAGGACGAGAAAGACGAGAAAGAAGAGAAAAGGGGGACCAUCAAUAAAUUGCUGUUCGACAUGACGACGAAGAGCUAUCAGGAAUUCUACGCGGAUAUCGAGCGGAAUCGCCCCAUUCAAGUCCGCGAUCUUCGCCCAAGAAAGGAGGGUGGAAAGGAGGAUGGAAAGGAAGAUACCCUCUUGAAGCCUGACAAGGCGAGUGUUCUGAUAGAGCGAGACGAGGAUAUUCCCCCUGCGGAGACCCGGACGAUGCGAGAUAGAUUCUGUGUUUUCACGGGUUGGAUUAUACAAAAUCCCUUGUUGGCGGUUGGGGUUGUGGUCGGCACGGGGGUCCUCUUCGUUCUCAUCGGUCUGUUCAUCAGGAAAUACACUGGUCAUCCCAACAAGGACUGAUUAUCGCGACUAUCAUCAUUGGGGCGAAUAUCAGCGCGAUAGAAAAUAAAGAGACAAAAAAUAUAUCUGCCCAGCUUCAUCAAUUUUUCCAUGAAUUUAAUUGAAAUUCCAUUCGAAAUUGCACGAACGUUCAUUCCAAAUUUAAGUUAAUUUAAAAAAAAAUGUAAAGGAUGGCAAAGCCUGAAUGAAAAUGCAUGUGCAAAGAGCGAAAAAGUUAAAACAAAUGUUGACCAUUUUUUCAAUUAGGAGCCAAUUGUAUUUUUUUUGUAAGAUGAAGUCAAUGUUGGGAAAAAAGGAAUUUCGGUAUAAUGGAAUAUAUUGCCUAUUUUUUUUUACAUAGUCAUGUUACUCCUUGGAAACACUGGAAUCACACCGCUGGAAAAACCUAAUGAGGAACCAUGAGGUUUCGCAACGUUCCCAUAAGAACGUUGUGAGGCCUCAUGGGAACUCAUAUAAUCCUCAAGAGACCGUUUUCAACGAUCAUGAGAAACUUCACAAUCCUCAUGAAAAAUAGGGAGUUCCCCGGAGAAAGCCGUGUUAUUUUAUGAGAACUCAUGAGUAAAUAAUGUUAUUUUAGGGGUGAGAAAUGCAAAGAUGUAUCAUCUUAUAUGUUAUUAUCUAAUAAACUGAAAUGCUUCUUUA